AUGGUGGCCUCUAUACUUUCCUCUUUGAGGAGAACUCCCUCGCUCUUUCUAAUCGGGAUUUUAUGGCUAUGCGCCAUUGAUACCGUGGUAGGCGAAGAGACCGCGUUCUACAAAUCGAGACCCGAUAUCUAUCCUCCAGUCUUUCACGUCGAAAAGUCCGAUCCAGAAAAGCUCAGCCCGGGAUAUAUCUUCAUCACCCCUUACGAACUUCAAAACCCGGGACCGUACAUCUUCGAUAGCACAGGGGAGCUAGUAUGGAGCGGCUGGGGUAUCUCAGGUCCGGGGAAUGCUCAUGGCUUCCACGUGUGCAAAUAUAACGGCGCAGAUCACCUAUGUUUCUUUCAAGGAAACCAACAAAAAGGAUACUGCCGCGGACAUGGCAUCAUCAUGGACAAGAACUAUCGAGUGGUCCGAUCAGUACAGCCGGGCGGAGGAAUGGCGUCGAGCGACAUGCACGAAUUUCGUCCGAUCAACGACGGGAAAACCGCCCUGAUGACGAUCUACCAGCAACGGCAAUUCGACAUGACACCUUGGAAUGUUAAGACCGGUGUUGGAUGGCUAAUGGAAAGUGUGUUCCAGGAGGUGGAUGUAGAAACCAAUAGAGUUUUGUUUGAAUGGAGGUCGCUUGACCAUGUUGAUCCAUCGGACACCUAUACAUGGCCGGCACAUACCGAUACCUCCGGCACUGGAUUGAAUGUCCACGAACCAUGGGAUUAUUUCCACAUCAACUCCAUCGACAAAAAUGCGGACGGCGACUAUUUGAUUUCGUCACGUCAUACCUGCGCCAUCUACAAGAUCUCUGGCAAAGAUGGUUCAGUGAUCUGGCGGCUUCAUGGCGCCCAGCCGACGUUCCGGAAUAUCAACUUUAGCUUUUCCCAGCAGCACGACGCUAGAUGGCUAUUUGAGAACGCCACCCAUACGGUUGUGUCACUGUAUAACAAUGGAUACAACGGGUUCAACAAAACUCACACAUAUUCUGCGGGAAUGAUCAUCCUGAUUGAUCAUGUGGAAAAGACCGCCCUCCAGCUCCGCGAUUAUGCCCCGAUCCGAAAUGACUUGGUGAGUUCCAGCCAGGGAAACCUACAGAUGCUGCCGAAUCAUAAUGUAUUCAUUGGAUGGGGCAACAAUCCAUUCGUAUCUGAGCAUGACGAGGCAGGAAACCUCCUGUUCUGGGGCGCCUUUGCCAAAGACACCGUGAUGAACUAUCGUGCAAUGAAGUUCGAAUGGGAUGGAAUGCCAACAGAUUCACCUGCGCUGUGGUCGUACUCCCGGACAGCUGAACCAUUCUCUCCAACCAGCUUCUAUGUAAGCUGGAACGGUGCGACCCAAGUCAAGGCAUGGAGAUUCUACGGCGCAAUGAACAUGACUGGGCCCUGGACCUUGCUGGAUGAGGUAGCCAAGGCUGGGUUUGAGACUGAGUACACCAACGCCAGCUUCUACCUUUGGUCCAAGGUUGAGGCUGUGAAUCACGAAGGCGUCGUGCUCGGCAAAUCUGAAACGAAAUACACCUUUGUGCCCUCAUCGGAGCUGCGCGAAUUCUGCGCAGAUAACACCUGCUUGGAUGCGCCGGGAUAUGGUUUCCCUGGCGAAGAAGCAGCGAGACCUUUCAUUCCUCCUGUAGGGGUGAAUACUGUCCCAUGGAUUGACCCCGACAACCCGGGAUCAAACAUUUGGAUCAAUCCCUCACCCUCAGGAUACCCACACUCUUCGGGGACUCUCAAAUACUCGAAGGGGUGGGGCUUUGGUCGCCUGCUUGCAUGGGGCUGUGUUCUCAUAGUGACGAUGCCGUUUUUCGCGGGAUUCUAUUUCGCCUAUCGGUACUAUACCAAACAUUCGCGCGACCACCUGCGGGACCAGGAGUCCUCCGAGCCUCUAAAUGGCAUGACCGAGCGGAAACACUCUCCCGCGCAGACCACCGAUCUCCCUUGGUGGAAUUGGCGCCGGUGGAUUGGGGAGGGCGAAACAUCACAAUACUUCCCGCUCGGUGAGCGGAGCCCACAUGGGCAUGCACGACAGCGAGAGCGGGACGAGUAA